AUGGCUCUUGAUCUAACUUUCGGAGUGGUGAUGAUCCGUCAAUUAAUCGCUAUCACAUUUGUCGUGGGAAUUCUAUACGGUCUCUGUACCGUGAUACACAACAUUUACUUUCAUCCACUCUCGAAGUUUCCCGGACCCAAACUAUUCGUAGCAAGUCGCAUCUUCAGCGUUCGGGAGGUUCUUCGUGGUGAACUUCCCCAAAAGAUCGCCGCUUUCCACGAAAUCUAUGGCGAGGUUGUAAGGACAGCUCCAGAUGAAGUGUCUUUUACGAGUCCACAGGCUUUCCAGGAUAUUUAUGCCAAGAGGAAUGGCAAACCUAGUUUCCCAAAAGAUCCAAUCCAGUACAAUAGCCCAACGACGCGCGUAUCGAGUAUCUUGAAUGUGAGUAGUGAUAAGGAUCAUGGUCGAUAUCGGCGCUUACUUGCACAUGCUUUCUCGGAGAAAGCAUUGAGAGAACAAGAACCUCUCAUAAAACACUAUGUCGAUCUUCUCAUCAAGCGUCUUCAUGAAAAUGCAGCCAAUGGUUCUCAAAAUAUGGUCAAUUGGUAUAACUUUACAACGUUUGAUAUCAUCGGAGACCUAACUUUCGGAGAAUCAUUUGGAUGUCUCGAUGGUAGUGAUUAUCAUCCUUGGGUAUCAUUUUUAUUUCGAUCUUUCAAAGCAGCUUCAUUCAUAGCUGCAGCUAAACGAUUUUGUCCGAUUGUUAAGAUGGCUUUGGAUAUGUUAAUACCGAAGAAAUUGCUUGAGCAACGUAAAUCUCAUCAGUCACUCACCCAUGAGAAAGUACAAGCUAGAUUGGAAAGAAAAACGGAAAGAAAAGAUUUCAUGACGUUUAUUGUUCGACAUAAUGAUAUGGAGACGGGAAUGUCGGUUCAAGAAAUCAAAGCGACUUCAGGUGUGCUUAUGCUAGCGGGAAGUGAAACUACGGCUACACUAUUGAGUGCUGUUACUUACUAUUUACUUGCGCCAGGGAAUGAGCACAUUCUCAAGAAAUUGGUAAAGGAAGUCAGGACAACGUUCAAGUCGGAAGAAGAGAUUGAUAUGGUUAGUGUCAAUAAAUUGAGAUACCAAUUGGCGGUGUUGGAUGAGACUAUGAGGAUUCAUCCACCAGCUCCAUUUGGAAGUCCAAGAGUAGUACCAGGAGACGGGCAGUGGGUGAGCGGAUACUGGGUCCCUGGUGGUACCAAUAUAUCAUGCGUUAUAUAUGCCGCUCAACGCCAAUCGGCAAACUUCAAGAAUCCGGACAAAUUUGCCCCAGAAAGAUGGUUAGAUGAUCCUGAGUAUGCCGGAGAUGAAAGAGGAGCGUUUCAACCAUUCAAUCUGGGUCCUAGAAAUUGUAUUGGAAGGAAUCUGGCGUAUGCGGAGAUGCGAUUGAUUCUUGCUCGUGUGAUUUGGAACUUUGAUCUCGAGUUAGCAGAUGAAAGUAAGAGCUGGGCUAAGAAUAUGAAGAUCUUUCUCUUGUGGGAGAAACCACCACUUUAUGUUAAUUUAAAACUAGUUGUGAGGAAUUGA